AUGUCGUCUGAUCAUGGAAAAAUGGUGACGCCAUGUUACGAAAAUUUCCAUCUUUCUUUCUUUCUUUUCUUCUCGAUAUUUUUCUUUCUUUUCUUUCGUUCUUCACGACAUCAUCUUUCUUUCUCUCUUACUUUCUCUUUUUCGUUCGUUUGUUCUUUCUUUCUUUCUUUUGAUGUUCGUAACAAAUCCAAUUUUUUUGUUCAAUUUCUAUUAUUUAUUCGCUUGAUUUACUUAUCUAUCUAUCUAUCUAUCUAUCUAUCUAUCUAUCUAUCUAUCUAUCUAUCUAUCUAUCUAUCUAUCCCAGUCUGCUCAUUAUCUAUCUAUCUAUCUAUCUAUCUAUCUAUCUAUCUAUCUAUCUAUUUAUCCCAUUCCUUUUUGCUUUCUUCUUUCCCUGUUGCGCUUCUGACUCUUGUGUUCCUAAUAAUAUUCCUUGCUUUGAAACGCUUAUUAUUUUGUGGCUUCUUUUUGUCAUUAACUUUGUUGAUUUUCUUUAUUGCCAUCGCUUUGAUGCCUUCGACCGACUGUCGACAACUGAAAAAGGGAACGAUAGAAAAGUAUCUAUCUAUCUAUCUAUCUAUCUAUCUAUCUAUCUAUCUCAGUCGUUUCAUUAUGUUUCAGCUUCUAUCUAUCUAUCUAUCUAUCUAUCUAUCUAUCUAUCUAUUAGCUUCUAUCUAUCUAUCUAUCUAUCUAUCUAUCUAUCUAUCUAUCUAUCUAUCUAUCUAUCUAUUUGUAUUAUCUGUCUGUUUUAGUUUCUAUCUAUCUAUCUAUCUAUCCAUCGUAGUUUCUUCAAAUCUAACUAUAUCAGACAUCUUAGAUUUCUUUCCCUUCAAAGUGAAGGCUUUGUUUUUAAAGCGCACUCUGGCUGCCAUCCUGCCUGAAUAUUUUCGCUGCCCCGUGGCAAAUCAGCAUGAAAAUGACAGUCACAAAGAAGUGUUAAUUUUAUAUCUAUCUAUCUAUCUAUCUAUCUGUGAAUCUUUUUUAACUUUCAUAAACUCUCUCUUUUUAAACAUUUCAUUAUUUCUUUUCUUUAUUUCUUUUUUAGGUUUCUUUGUUUUCUUUUCUUUCUUUUUUUCCGGUUUCUUCUUUUUUGUCUGUUUUUCUUUAUUUUUUGCCAGUUUUUCUUUUUUUUUUUUCUCUCUUUUUGCGGUUUCUUCUUCCUUUUCUCUUUUUCUUUCUUUCAGUUUUUGGUUAAUUCUUUCUUCUGUUUUGCUUUCUUUUUGCGGUUGCUUCUUUCUUUUGUGGUUUCUUUUUCAUUUUCUGUUUUUCACUUUUUUCUUUUUGCGGUCGCUUCUUUCUUUUCUGUUUUUUCUUUCAGAAGUUUCUUUUCUGUUUUGCUUUCUUUUCUGUUCUUCUUUCUUUCUUGUGGUUUCUUCUUUCUUUUCUGUUUUUCUUUCUUUUCUGUUUUUCUUUCUUUCCUGUUUUUCUUUCUUUCUUUUUGUGGUUUCUUCUUUCUUUUCUGUUUUCUUUUCUUUUUGCGUUUUCUUCUUUCUUUUCUGUUUUUCUUUCUUUCUUUUUGAAGUUCCCUCUUCUCUGCUUUUCUUUCUUUUUGCUGUUACUUUUUUCUUUCUUUUUGCGUUUUGUUUCUUCUUUCUUUUCUGUUUUUCUUUUUUUCUUUUUGCGGUAAAUUUUUCAUCUUAUUUCUUUCAUUUUGCGGUUACUUCAUUUUUUUCUGUUCUUUCUUUUUGCAGUUUCUUCUCUCUUUUGACCGUUUCCACUUUCUUUUUUCUUUCGUUUUCUUUCUUUUUUCUUUCGUUUUCUUUUCUCUUAUUUUUCUUUCUUUUUUCUUUCUUUUUUUUCUUUUUUUUUUCUUUUUUUUCUUUUUUUUUCUUUUUUUUCUUUCUUUUUUCUUUCUUUUUUCUUUCGUUUUCUUUUCUCUUAUUUUUCUUUCUUUUUUCUUUCUUUUUUCUUUCGUUUUCUUUUCUCUUAUUUUUCUUUCUUUUUUCUUUCUUUUUUCUUUCUUUUUUCUUUCGUUUUCUUUUCUCUUAUUUUUCUUUUUUCUUUCUUUUUUCUUGCGUUUUCUUUUCUCUUAUUUUUCUUUCUUUUUUCUCUCUUUCUUUAGUUCUCUGUCUUUUUUUUUUUUUUUUUUCGCAAUAUACCUACUUUUCCAUUUUCACCAAUUUCACUAGAAGUCGUGAUAAGUUUUUCUUACUAUCCAAGCUCAGACUUAAUUAG